GGGGGAGCAGCAACUUCCGGCUGGUUGCUACGGAGACCGAUAUCAACUUCCGGCAGCUGUUCAAAAGCGAGGAAGGCUUGAAAUCGUGAGAAGGAGGAGAGUGUUCCCAAGAUGCCGGCCAAGGAGAAGGGCAAGCGCAAGCAGAGCGUAGGUGCAUUGAGACCUUCCAAAACCAAUCUUAGGAGGCGGGAUGAUGACAGUGGUAUCGAACUGGGAGAAGGGGCUGAUGAAUGGACCCAGGCCAGGACCUUGCUCAAGCCCCCAGAUCAGCUGGAGCUGACAGAUGCGGAGCUGAAAGAGGAGAUCACCCGGAUCCUGACGGCCAACAACCCGCACGCCCCGCAGAACAUCGUCCGAUACAGUUUCAAAGAAAGAUCCUACAAACAAACCACCGUGGUGGAGCAAGUGGCUGUCCAUUUCUCCCUUUGUGGGAACUUGGUCUUCAGAGAUUCGGAUGAGGGUCGAAGGCAGAGCGUGAGGCAGAGCCUGGGGGCUGCCAUUGCUCCUGUUGCGUCUGUUGUGCUGGACCUGGAGGCCUUGGAUGAAGAACUGAAGGAGGACGAGGAAGGAGAAGGGGAAGGGGAGACGGGAGAAGCCGCAGAAGGAGAAGAAGGAGAGAAGGGGGAUCAGCAGGCUGCAGCCCCAGAAGAGGAAGAAGAGCGCAUCCGUCCCCGGCCAGUGGGAGAGCGGAAGCUCACCAACCAGUUCAACUUCAGCGAGAGAGCCUCGCAGACCUACAACAACCCUGUGAGGGAUCGGGCCUGUCAGAUGGAGCCUCCGCCUCGAGCCACCUUCUCUGACACCGCCAACCAGUGGGAAAUCUACGACGCCUAUAUGGAGGAACUCCAGAAGCAGGAGAAGUCGAAGGAGAAAGAGAAGCAAAGGGCCCCGGUGACAAAGAAGGAGGACCUGAUGCGGGGAAGGAAGCUGACUUCGCUGGAAUCUCAGAGUGAUGACAUCACCAAGGUGGCCAAGGCUGCAAAGAUCGUGGAGCGAAUGGUCAACCAGAACACCUUUGAUGACAUUGCUCAAGACUUCAAGUACUACGAGGACACUUCCGAUGACUACCGGGACAACAUGGGGACCCUCCUUCCGCUCUGGAAGUUCCAGUACGACAAGGCCAAGCGUCUGGCUGUCACCGCCCUCUGCUGGAACCCCAAGUACAAGGAUUUGUUUAUCGUGGGACAUGGCUCUUACGACUUCAUGAAGCAGAGCCGGGGAAUGCUGCUGCUGUACACCUUGAAGAACCCUUCCUUCCCAGAGUACAUCUUCAACAGCGAGAGCGGCAUCAUGUGCCUGGACAUCCACGUGGACCACCCCUACCUCAUUGUGGUGGGCUUCUACGAUGGCAACGUGGCCAUCUACAACCUCAAGAAGCCCGUGGGCUCCCAGCCGGGAUACAAGAGCUCCGCCAAGUCCGGGAAGCACUCCGACCCCGUCUGGCAGGUCAAGUGGCAGAAGGACGACAUGGACAACAACUUGAACUUCUUUUCGGUCUCUUCUGAUGGACGCAUUGUUUCCUGGACACUGGUUAAGAACGAACUGGUCCAUACGGAUAUCAUCAAACUGCUGGUGGAAGGGACGACACUGGAAGGGCCGGAGGGGCUGCAACUGAACACCAUUGGCUGCGGGACUUCGUUUGACUUCCACAAGAAGAUUGACUAUUUGUUCCUUGUGGGCACAGAGGAGGGCAAGAUCUACAAGUGCUCCAAGUCCUACUCCACCCAGUUCCUGGACAUCUUCCAUGCGCACCACAUGGCCGUGGAUGCCGUGAGCUGGAACCCAUUCCACGGCAAGGUCUUCAUCUCCUGCAGCUCUGACUGGACGGUCAAGAUCUGGGACCACACCAUCAAGACUCCCAUGUUCAUCUAUGACCUGAACUCUGCCGUUGGCGACGUUGCCUGGGCUCCGUACUCCUCCACGGUCUUUGCUGCCGUCACCACGGAUGGACGGGCCCACGUCUUUGACCUGAGCAUCAACAAGUACGAGCCUAUCUGCAACCAGCCGGUGGUGCCCAAGAAGAAGAACAAGAUCACCCACAUCCAGUUCAAUGCCAUCUACCCCAUCGUCAUCAUUGGGGACGAGCGCGGCCACAUCACCUGCCUGAAGCUGUCUCCCAACCUCCGCAAGAUGCCCAAGGAGAAGAAAGGCCAGGAGGUGCAGAAAGGCCCAGAAGUGGAGAUUGCCAAGCUGGACAAACUGCUCAACCUGGUGAGGGAGCCGGCGGCCAAAAGCAUCAAGUGAGACUGCUCAUCAUUCCUCCCAAGUCUCCCUCUUCCCUCGAAACAUGUGAUGUGAUCCUCGGAUGGGGACAAGUGGCCCUUUGUGGGGAACGGAGCACGGGGCGCACAGCUGCGGCGGAGACGGAGCCUUUGCAUUCCGCACACAAAGAGGGCUUGUGCGGAUUCGUGGUUAUGGUUUUGCAUUUGCAUCUAGAAAAUAAAAGCAGAGAGUUGAGA